AUGAUAUACCAAAUAGAACCCAAUUUUGUUUUAUCUUUUCUCAUCUUUUCACAUGUGUCUCUCUUCCAUUUCACCUCAAUUUCAGCUCAAGAAGUUGAGAACGAGAGAGAAUUUGACUACAUAGAGAAGAGUGGGAAAGGACCAAAAUUUUGGGGAUCUCUUAAUAAAGAUUGGGCUGCGUGUAAUAAAGGACGUUUGCAGUCGCCGAUCGAUUUGUCAAGUGCUCGAGUGAAGAUGAUCAGUAUAUCCGAAGAUUUGAAGAGGAUGUACAAACCUGCUGAGGCAAUCAUCAAGAAUAGAGGCCAUGAUAUUUUGCUUCAAUGGACGGCGAAGACUGCAGGUUCACUCAAAUUCAACGGCGCCGAAUACUUUCUCAAACAAGUUCAUUGGCACUCACCUUCUGAACAUGCCAUUAAUGGAAAAAGGUUUGCCAUGGAGCUACAUAUGGUGCACCAAUGCGAGGACCCUAAAGUGAAGAACAAUGUAACUGUUAUUGGACAACUCUACCAAUUUGGUCCUCCUAAUCCUUUCCUCUACAAGCUCAUAUGCAACAUUUCAGCAAUGAGUGAUAAAAUCAUGCAAAGGCCAAUGGGAGUAAUAGAUCCAAACCAAAUCGAAUUGAAAGGAAAUAAGUUUUAUAACUACAUUGGUUCGUUGACUGUCCCUCCUUGCACUGAAGGUGUCAUUUGGAUCAUCGAUGAAAAGAUACCAUCUGUUUCAAGGGAACAGGUUCAUGCUAUCCGAGAAGCUGUCCAUGAUUAUGCAGAAGAAAAUGCAAGGCCACUGCAACCACUCAACCAACGAGAGAUAGCAUUUUUCGAUCCCAAACCCAAGUGA